AGAGAGAGAGAGAGGACAUCAUGCCUUCCGCGGAGGAUUCAUCGCGCGCGGCGCAGCUGCAAGCGCAGCUCGAGCGAAAGUUCCAGACGUACCUGGACAAGUCCGUGCCGCACGUCUCGCAGCGGUGGUCCGCGUUCGCGUGCGUCGCGCUCGUGUAUCUCGUCCGCGCGUACUUCCUGAAGGGUUACUACAUCGUGACCUACGGUUUGGGGAUCUAUAAUCUCAACCUGCUGAUAGGGUUCAUGACGCCGCAGAUGGACAUGACCGAGGACGGGCCGUCGCUGCCGACGAGCGGGAACGAGGAGUUCAAGCCGUUCGUGCGGAGACUUCCGGAGUUUAAGUUCUGGUACCGCAGCGCCAAGAGCGUGUGCGUCGCGUUUUGCAUGACGUUUUGCCCCGCGUUCGACCUCCCCGUGUUCUGGCCCAUACUGCUCAUGUACUUCAUCAUGCUCUUGUUCAUGACGAUGAAGCAACAGGUGAAGCACAUGCUAAAGUAUAAGUACGUGCCGUUCUCGUGGGGGAAGAAGCAGUACGGGAAAGGAGGGACGGGGGGAGCGAGCGCGGACGCCGCCACCGCGGGUCUGAAAAAAGACAACAAGUGAGCGGUCGCGCGCGCCGCGCUCGCUCGCGACUUGACUUACUCUAGCAGCUACUGUCGACGAUAACAAUCGCCCU